UGAGAAAAAUGAGAACCUUCAAAAUGCAAUGAAUAAGAUAAACAAACAAAAAAUGAUUCUCGUGCAAAAAAAAUAAACCAAAGAAUCGGUCCCGUCAUCCCGUGUGCCAUUAACUUAGAUCUAUUUUUGUCCUAUCGUUGUGAUGCGUGCGCUGUUUUUCAUUACAAUUUUAUAAACUGAGACGUUAAUUGGAAGUGAUUCAGAACUUGUGUAACUUUUAUCAGAACAGUUUUGUCGUGAAUUGUUUCUGUUUACGUUACGUUUUUUUUUGUUCAUCACUAAAAGUGAUUUUCAGCCGCUAGCUGCAUCGCUGACGAAGUCCGUAGGUGAUGAAUGUUGUUGGGAAAUGAACGAAAACGUAUCGCUCACAGAGCAGUCUGGAACUUCACCCGCUGAGGAAGAACUGGAAGAUAGCUUAGCUAGCCCACGUACGGAUCAUUUUGAAGAAUCCCUAUCCUACUAUCAUUUGUUUCGGAACCAGAUCGAGAUUUAUUUACGGGAAACACUGGAUCACAUCGUGUGGGUUGUUUUCGCUUACACGCUACUAUGCUUGGUCAUAUACAAACUACUCUUUCAUCGAUGCUGUCGGUGGCUGAAAUUUUUGCGCAGGAGUCGUUUGCCACCGCAAGCCAAUCGCGCAGUUCUGGUCACUGCUCAUCCAGAUGACGAAUGUAUGUUUUUUGGGCCUACAAUUUUGGAGCUGCGACGACAAAAUUGUCGCAUCUUUCUGCUGUGCCUAUCGGAAGGAAACUAUGGGCAGAAAGGCGAACAGCGUCGACAGGAACUGUGGGAUGCUUGUGACUCACUUGGCAUCAAAGCGGAAGAUAUAACACUGCUGAAUGCAACCCAUUUGCGAGAUGAUCCGGCGCUUGAGUGGAAAACUGUCACGAUCGCAAAUCAGGUACUGAAACAUUUGGAGUCGUUGGACGCUGACCUGUUGAUUACUUUUGAUAAAGAUGGUAUCAGCGGCCAUCCAAACCACAGCGCCAUCUACUAUGCGACCGCAUCGCUCUGCCUGUCGGGAUUGAUUCCGCCCAAAUGCAGAGUGCUGACACUGGAAUCGAUCAAUCUUUGUAGAAAGUACAUCUCAGUAUUGGAUUUACCAAUCACGUUGCUGUUAUCGACUCAUUGGGUUGUUUUGAGCUGGAAGUCACGACGGGCAGUACAAAACGCAAUGCGGCUGCAUCGUUCGCAGCUCGUCUGGUUCCGAAAACUUUACAUAAAAUUUUCACGCUACAUGGUCAUCAAUUCGCUGCGAGAAAUCAAUCAAUCAGACGUGGAGUUUGAAAUUCUCGACUCUUAAAGUCAUCAACGAAUAGAGUCACAAUCGAAUAUGAAUCACAAAAAAAAACUUCGAAGAAGGUAGGUGAGAAUAUCAUAAUAGGUUAGGACAUAGUCGAACCGAGAUGUCCUACCGGCGCACGGCAACGAUUGACAGACGUCAGCUAAAUUAGUAUUAAGAUCAAUCGAACACAGCAGUCAUCCUAAUCAACGUAGAACACAUAAGUAGAGAAAAUACGAUGAACAACAUCGAGAAGCUUUAAGCUAGUCCUUUGUUAGAAACGAAGCUUAGAACACGGCAGCAAGAGUUGCGGAAUUAUUUUGAACUAGAUAGAAAUAUCGAUAGUGGACCAUCUAUUUUCGGAAAGAAUACGCACUGAAUCAGUCAUGGGCCGACCAAUAGACAAUUUUUUCACCACCAGUACAGGCAAUAUUAUUUUUAACUAAAAAAAAGUACAGUUAAGCCAUUUUGUGUACAUAAUUAAAUACAAAUAAUGUAUGUUUGAACAUUGCUUUCUUAAAUAAAUUUUUAUCCAUUACA